AUUGGUGCACGCAAUUAUCAUGCUUGACCUUAAACAAAUACUGCAACCCCCAACUUUGACCUUUGCACCUAAUGGCGUGUGCUGAGCACGGCGUCGUUUACUGCCUCUCCUCUUCUCUUCUCUUUUAUUGAAUUAGAUAUAACUUAAUAAAACCGAUUAUUUGUUGUGUUUGCUUCAUUGUCACCUAAUUCAUUUGAUUCCUUUCCCUGUCUCUCUCCAUUUCCUCUCUUCAUUUCUUGGAUUUCAUUGCACAAUUCAGGUAAUCUUGCUUCAUAAUAAAGAUGGAUUUUUUCUUCAGAGGCCAAAAUGAGGAGCCUGCACCUUCUCAAAAUGACAUCCUUAGGUGUCCAUUUUUAAGAAACAUUAAUGAACCCACUAAUUUCUCCUUCUCCUCAUCCCUGCCUUUCCCAAUGCCAGUUCGUUCAGGCAAAGGUCCAAUUUUUGAAGAUGGUCCCAAUUUUGAUAUGGCAUUCAGAUUAUUCCAUGGGCGUGAUGGAGUGGUUCCGCUUUCUGAAAGAUCAUAUAUAAGUUCUGAGAAAGAAGGACGCCAACCAACACUCCCUGAGUUCAAUCCUUUAGCUGCUAAGGCAGCUACCAUUAGUCUUUCAUCUUUUGGACCUGGAGGACCCUUCAGCUUUGACUCGUUUUCAAAGAAGUGGAAGAAUGAAAAGAAAAACUCCAAACCAUCCAAGAAAGAGCCGUCUUCAAAGGGAGGACAAUCUAAUCAUGAAGCAUUGGGCAAUGAAUGGCUGCAAAGUGGAAACUGCCCUAUAGCAAAGUCAUAUCGGGCUGUUAGCGGUGUCCUGCCACUUGUUGCAAAAGUUUUCCAACCCCCUCCAGGCGUGAACUAUAGGUGCCCACCUGUAGUGGUUGCAGCCCGAGCAGCUAUAGCACGGACUGCUUUUGCUAAGAACCUCCGGCCACAACCCUUACCUUCCAAGAUACUUGUGAUUGGGAUGUUGGGCAUGGCAGCAAAUGUCCCUCUAGGAAUAUGGAGGGAACACACUAAAAAAUUUUCAGCAUCAUGGUUUGCAGCUGUCCAUGCUGCAGUUCCAUUCAUUGCCAUGCUAAGGAAAUCUGUGUUAAUGCCCAAGUCAGCCAUGGCAUUUACCAUUGCAGCAUCUGUACUGGGACAGGUCAUUGGAUCCAGAGCAGAGCGAUACCGGCUGAAGGCAGCAGCUGCAAAGAAAAUGUCUCUUGCAGAAACAUCUGUGGAUGCUUCAAGUGAGUUCCAAGCUGUUGCUGUUAAAGGCAGAUGCUGUGGCGAUUUUGUGAAGUAUCCAGCUUCCCUUCAGGUCACUGGGACUUCUUCGUCAGCAGAUGUUUUCUGCUGAUUCUUUCUAUAUGAAUCUGUCAUUACUUCUUGUUUACAACUUGUAAUUCUUUGUUUGCAACAAGUGUAUGUUCAUUCCUUGUUUACCAUGUUGUUGUCCACUAUCCUGUGAGGACCCUGAUUUUAGUAAUUGAUGGAAUAAAAGAUACGAAAUGGAUGAGUGAUUAUUUGAGGCA